CAUCUGCCUGUUUGGAGUAUUUGACCUGCUACGCCUGCCUGCUACCCACACUGUGCCUGAUAUUCAGAGUUGCACUGCCACAGCGCUCUUCGAGUACCCAGCCCACGAGACUCUUUCACUACUAUAUAGGCAUAAAAGCCCAACAUACUCUCCACUCUCCACUCUCCACUCUCCGCUCUCCGCUCUCCAAGCUUCUACAACCAUAAAACAGGCAUAUCACCAUCGACAGCCAUUGUCGCGCUCAGGCGCUCCCCUCACGAUGCCUCUUGACAUCUCUAUCCCCACCACUUCCACCUCCGAAGGACCCAAGCCCUACACCAAAUACGCCAUCCGCAUCGCUGCACCCCUCCGAACUACCAUCCUUCACAAACGCUACUCCGACUUCGCCGCCCUUCACUCCCUCCUUAUCUCCCAAGUCGGCACUGCGCCUCCAGCACCGCUACCAGGAAAAUCAUGGCUAGGCGGCGGCCUAGGGAGACUGGGACUUGGCAGCACGAACGGCAGCCCUGAGAUGGUCGAGGAGCGGCGGAAAGGACUGGAAAAAUAUCUGCGGGCUAUAGAGACCUCGGAAGACGGACGAUGGCGCAUGAGCGAUGCGUGGCGCAAGUUCAUGGAGUUGGGCGCUGCGUCAGCGGGGCGGAAUGGGAGCGUGAGCACGAAUGCGUCAGGACUAGGGAAAGACGCGAUCAAGGACGGGAGUGAUUGGUUGGAUGCGCACGCAGAACUGAAGAGUAGGCUACAAGAGGCCAGGCUGUGGCUCACGAAGAGAGAACAGGCAAAUACUGCUAAUGCACAGCACGAGGCUGGGGCGAACGCGAAGAGGAGCCUUGUGAGGGCUGGCACGUUGAUACAAGCACUUGAGCAGGCACUAGAAAGAUUGAGUGGAAAAGGGGGAAGUGAGUGGGGUGGUGAAAAACUAGGGGAUGGGGAAGUGAGGAGGCGGCGGGAUCUGAUUGGAACGGCGAGGAAGGAGAAGGAUGGACUGGAGGGUGUGCUUAAUGCCAUGGCUGUGAAGUCUGUCGCUUCUAGUACGCAAGGGCCAACAUCUUCAGCCAGCGCGACAUCAGAGCAAAAGAGUAGCUUGUUCAAGGGAGCAGCGGGCGGUGGAAGGAGGGUAUUAGGUGUGCCAGCGAAGGAGACCGAGAGGACACGAGAGCUCGACAAUGAUGGCGUUCUGCAGCUCCAGAAACAGAUCAUGGCAGAACAGGACGAAGACGUUCAGGACUUAUCGCGGGUCGUAAGGAGGAUGCGAGAGAUGGGGGUGCAAAUCAAUGAAGAGGUUGUACUGCAGAACCAGAUGCUUGGACUGUUCGAGGAGGAUGUUGACAGAGUCGACGGCAAAAUCAGGAUUGCAAGAAAGCGUGCAGACAAGAUCAAGUAGUUAUUUCCACGGGGGACCUCAGGCAUUGUCGAGAGCGACACAUAUACCCGGCGCUUGCCUCCUGUUUUUCCGUAGAGUUGAAUAUGACACACAGUUCUGGCCUGAUUUCCACGGCCUAUCUCUCAUGCUCCAUUUUCGUCUUGAUUUCGUCCGUGGAACGCGGUCAGUUACCACUCGAUCACAGCAUCGGCCUCUUCCAUCUCUUCUCUGUCCACACUCAUACCCUCAUAAGCCACCACAAAGUCCCUCAACCGCCUCACAUUUCCACUCCGAAUAUCAGCCCGAAUCUCCCUCAUCACCAGAUCGAAGAACCAGUACGGCGCAAACGCGUCCAUCUCCCGCUCCAAAUCUUCUUCCUCCAUGAUUCUCACCUCUUCUUCGCCCUCCAUGCUCACAUCUCUACCACCACAACGUUAUGCCCGCCCAUCAAAACGUGCAGCAAAGGACAAACUCACCUCUCCUCAUCUCCGGCCUCCCCAAGC